AAAAGCACCAAACACUACAGCAGACGCCUCAUAACGGUAAAGAAGAGAGCACGAGAUUCCAUUGACGGAGAAACGAGACGAAAUUACCAAGUCACUAGACGUCGAGAUUACCGCUGGAAAAAAAAAAGAUAAGUUCCAGUUCAACCAAGGCCGCUCCUGUAUUUACGUAUACAAGAAAGCUCCACAAUGUUCUAUUGCAAUAUUGAAAUUCAUCAACGAUGGAACAAAGAAAUCCUGCAAAAUCCCACGACACUUUGGCAAGGUUGAACAAGAAUGAACAUAAACUGUUUGAAAAUCAAAAUCAUUGUAUCAAACCAUUACCUAUUACAUUUAAUGAAGAAGAUGUUGAAAUAAUAAACAACAAAGAUUCCGUUAAUGAUUCAACAAAGCUCAACCAUUGUAAUAACUCUUCAAAACCAUUAUUAUGUAUAAAAGACUCUCAAAAUUCUCAGGAAAAGGAACCCCCCUCACCAACAACUUUACAAUGGGGUAGAGCUAUAGCUGAAGUAAAAGAACAUGCUGUAGCAAAAUUACAAGAUGAACUUAAAAGAGCACACGAGGAGUUGAAAUUGAAGGAUGAAGAAGUCACAAGACUUUCAAGAAUCAAACAAGAUGUUGAAGUUGAAUUGGAGGAACUCACUGCCAGUCUCUUUCAAGAGGCACAUAACAUGGUACGAGAAGCAAAUAUACGUCAAGCUACUGCAGAGCGACUAUUAGAAGAAAGUCGUAUGAAAGCGGAAGUUCUAGCUGCAGAAGUAGCUGCUCUAAAAACAUUAGUAUUAACUUCAACACCAGCUAAACCAAACUUUCAUCUGCAUCCGCAGAUCGAUACAAAAAAUCGUCCAAGCAGUGAAGAUACUCAACAAGGUCUUUUUGCAAGGAAACAUCGAAGAUCACCAUCGCAUUUCAAUUUGAAAUACGGUCGAGAGAAUUCUCCACCGGAUUCUCCGCUGAAAGAACAAAGACCAUCUUUACCAUCGGACCGAGAGACACUAGAAAAAGAUUGGAAGAAAGAUUCAGAAAAGGAGAAAGACAAAGAAUGCAAAGAUUUUGGCCUCGAAGUUGAUCCUAGAGUACAUACGGAGUUUCUUAAAUGGAAAGCUAAUCCAUGUGUAGACAAAGGUGAUCCUUUUGUUGAUAGAAUCUUUAAAGAAGACAUCGAUCUUUGCCUUGAUUUCCCUAACAAAGAAUUGGGUACAAAAGUUAGACAAGCCGUUCUCGAUGGCAUCAUCUUUAUCGAAGCGAUCAGCGACAAAACUAAAUUCACUUUUCCAAAAAAAUGUGUAUUGCUUGAAGCACCACGACAAUGUUAUUAUCGAAUGAGACUUGGGGAUCAAGAAAAUCAGUGGUACAGCAUAUCACAAAUUUGUCGCAAUCGAAUUAUAGCGGUUUGCGAUUUUUUGAAUUACUUACGUUAUAUUGAGCGUGGCCUUGUAAAAAGUUCAGUUCACGAUGUUUAUUGGGAAAUUACUCGGUUACGAAAGGAAAUGGCAUUUGCUCGCUUGGGCCUCGCACUAUCGUCUUAAUGCUCUCCAUGGAUGACUUUUUCUAGUCUUAAAUGUAACAAAUUAGGCCAUGGAUCUGUUAUUAUUCAUUUAAAAGUAUCAAUUGUAGAUUGUUAAAAAUUUUAAUCGUUCCAACUAGCCUCGAUCUUUUUUAUUUAUUGAUCGAGAUUUUUUUAGAGUAAGUGUUAAAGUUUUAAUAUAUGAAAGCUCUCAGAUUCCUCUAUCAUAGCGUGAUACGCUUCGAAUUAUUUAAGAUAGAAGAAAAAAUUUAUAUAAAUCAAUUUAUGAAUCUUUUCGAUUAAGAUCAUAAUUUCUAAAAUAUCGAUUCUUAUAUUUUUAUUAUCACGAAAAUGUCAAGGACUUCUCUUUAAUGAUCUGAAAUUUGUAUUAUUUUAUUAUUAUAGCAAGCAUAAAUUAGUUUUCAAGUGCAAUCAAGUAUUUCUAAGAUAUUGGGGAACAUGGUGCCUUUUGACUUUCUGCUUACUAAUAAUGCGUGACUAGCCUUUAGUUUAAGCUUUAUAUAGUUAGUGGCGAUUUGAUCGCUGUAUAUGAAAAGAGAUAAUUUUAUUAUUUCUAUAAUUUAGCUACAGUUUUUAUUUCUUCCAAAUCUGGCAGCAAGUAAAUGUAAGUGAUUAUUUUUGUUCAUUUAAGCAAAGAGUAUAAAUGUUGCAGUCUAAGAGACUAUAAAGAUAAACGUCUUCUGAAAUAUUUUUAUAUUAUUUUUGUUUAUACAUAUCUUUGGACAUCUUAGAUAAAAUCCUAGACUUAUUUAAAAAGAAUUUUUUACUUUAGUAUAUUACUCAUAAUUUAAUGGUAAAUGUGUCAUUGAACAUUGAAACAAUAAAAUUAUUUCAAUGUUUUUCUUUAAUAUAUAAGUAUUCCAGAUUUUGAGGAAAGAUUUCAAAAAUGCCAUAAAUAAUUUAUUUAAAAAAUCAAAAACGCAAAUAUGUAUAAUUGUUAUCUUGUUUGAUAAUAAGUUAUCAAAUAAUAUAAAUUUAUAUUAUUAUUUUUAAUUUAAGAAUGGAUACCGAAUGUAAUGAUAAUUAGCAUUUUUAUUUAUGCAAUAAUUUACAGAUCUUUACAAAUUACAGCAAAAACUUUGUCCAAAGGUAUGCAGUUUUUCAUCAGAAAAAAAGUUGUAUUAUAUUCAUUUUAAAGAAUAGUCUCUUCUGUUGCAUAUAUUAACUAGUACCUGGUAAUUAGCGCGCACAUUUAAAAAAAAAACAAUGUAUGACAUUAAGGAUUAUAUGAAACACAUAUAUUAUGUCAUAUAAAUAAUAUAUGACUAAAGUGAUAACAAAUGUUUGAAAUCAUGGAUAUUUGGUGUAUGCUAUCGCUAGAAAGUCAUCUCCUACAAUGUACCAAAUUGUAGUUCAAUUGAAGCAAUUCUUCUUUUAUAUAACAUUCAAUUUUAUCUUAUGUAUGAUUAUACAGAAUUAGAUAUUUGACAUAUUGUUGAUCAUUAUUAAUACAAUCAAACAUUGCUAUUGUUGCAUAUAAAAAUAUUUUAAUUUUGGUUGACCA